GGCGGUGCCAUUCUCCGAUUUCCCAAUUUAGAAAGAAAAAAGCAAAUAGCGCAUCAAUUAGACAACUGAUUUCGGUGUUGUGAUCCACUCGUUGCUCGAAAAUCUGUAUAGUCGCGAUUGCCGUUCCUACCUGUGGCAGAUAGUGCAAGGAUGGGUUGUAAGGGUUUUUUGGAGUGCUUGUUGAAGCUCCUGAACAUGUUAUUGACCCUUCUGGGUCUCGCCAUGGUUGGCUAUGGGAUAUACUUGUUUGUUAUGUACAAAAAUGCAAGUGAUGAUAUCAAUGUUGUACCACCAAAUGAAGGAUUGAUACAGCUUGGACGCCCUACGCUAAUGGCUGUUUCCCUGUCUAGCAGCAGCUUUCUUGAUAACCUGCCUACUGCUUGGUUCAUUUAUCUGUUUAUUGGUAUCGGUGCAAUAAUCUUAAUAAUAUCUUGUUUUGGGUGCAUUGGCGCAGCAACACGGAGCGGGUGUUGCCUAACUUGUUACUCCAUACUUGUACUUUUGUUAAUCUUGCUAGAAGCGGGGUGUGCUGCUUUCAUCUUCUUUGACAAGAGCUGGAGAGCCGAGAUCCCAACUGACAAAACCGGACAGUUUGACAUGAUAUAUGGAUUUUUGAGGAAGAACUGGAAAAUCUGCAAGUGGGUUGCACUUGGAGCUGUUAUAUUGGAGCUUCUGGUAUUUCUGUUAGCUCUUGUGGUACGUGCUGCAAAUGCACCAGCAGACUAUGAUAGUGAUGAUGAGGACAUAGUUGCUCCCAGGCAGCAACGACAACCUUUGAUUAGUAGGCAACCAGUUCCAGCCACGGGUAUACCUGUUACAGGUACCCUUGAUAGCCGUCCCAGCAGGAAUGAUGCAUGGAGUGCACGCAUGAGGGAAAAGUAUGGACUCGAUACAUCGGAGUUCACAUACAACCCGAACGACCCAAACAGGAAUCAACAAGGCAACACACAACCGACAGAGGAAAAGGGUCGUUGUGCCAUCAUGUAAUCAGAAGUGUGCUGAAACGAUUGUUGUUGUGUGAUCCGUAGAAAAACGUAAAUCGGUUAUCGUCUGAGUGUGUAUAAAUAUUAAGUUUGAUGAGCUUUAAGUCAUGUUCUUCCAUCCCUCACCCUUGUUAGAAAAUAGACUGUGUGUAAUAUUAUGAGGUUUGUGAUUGAUUGUGGAGAUGAUAGUUUAUUAAUGUUGCUGGUAGUAGAAAAAGACAAGGUGGCAUUGGUUUUUGACCUUUACCUA